AAGGGACAAGCCGGUGACACGGGAUGCUCGGCCAAUCUCCUCACCUUAUCGGGGGCAUCUUGUGGAUCCAGAAUCCAAUGAGAGCUGUUCACUGCAACCUGAGCCAGAAUGGCAUCGACCACCAGAUGUGCCCGGAGGACGUGACAUCACAGCUGGAGGAAGAGGAGGAGUCUGUGGAUGCAGGGACUGUUCUGCUGGACGACGACAGCCCGAGCUACCAGGAUGUCAGCCCCCCGAUGUACCAGCGCCGCUCCCCACCACACCGCUCCGUCUCUGAGUCUGAGCUGACACGGCCAGGGUACGUGAAGCUGUCCAAGCCAGUGGCUCUGUGGACCCAACAGGACGUGUGCAAGUGGCUGAAGAAACACUGUCCUAAUCAGCACCAGAUCUACAGCGACUCCUUCAAACAGCACGAUAUCACAGGGCGGGCUCUGAUGAGAUUGACAGACAGAAAGCUGGAAAGAAUGGGUAUCAUGCAGGAAGCCCAGAGGCAGCACAUCCUGCAGCAGGUCCUGCAGCUUCGUGUCCGGGAGGAAGUCAGGACCCUUCAACUUCUCACACAAGCCUCUCUGGAGUGCACUCCAUCUUCACCAUAGCCUGACGGAGCAGGAUACCCAGUCACGAAAGGACGCAGACGGCCAACACCUAGCCAACAUCCACCCAGUAUGUGAUCCUCAGACUUCUCCCUGGAACCAAUCACAGCUCUCCGCUUCACCUUUUGGUUUCUGUCCUCGACUUCUCCAAAGACUGAUUUGGAAAAAUACCCAUGCCUUCUUUUCUUCCUAGCCACUCCUCAGCAGCUCCCACGAGUUCUGACUCGUUGUUUCCUCGCAGUCCAAACAAUUCCUCACAGCUUCCUGGAGUCUGACCAAUAGUUUCCAUUACAGAUGUCCCAUCUCCAGUCAUUUCUGACCUUUGCUGCCAAACCUCCACCAGACUUCAAACGCUAUAACUCCUCCACUCCUUUCAUACAUCCCUUUACUCCCUGUUCCUCAAGAACAACACCCAACAGCCAAGCCCCCCCACCCUCAGCCACCAUGUACCCAGAAUCCAGUGUUUGCUUGGCUGGGUUUCCUGAAAGCAUUUAAACACGGUGAAACCAUUUCCUUGUGGUUGGACCAUGUUUUUGUGCUACUUUGCUUUUACGGAACUGAUCCCAAAUCAUUACCCCCCACUCUUCCAGUAAAGAGUGACACCUACAGUAUUAUUCACAGUCUCUUUGUGGCAUGUUAGCUCCUUCAUCGUAGCACUUUAAUGUGUAUUUUCUCCCAUGCGUACCUUUGUGGUGCGAUGCUAAGCCUGCGACUGCCCUACUAAGGACUUUUGGUAAUGACAGAAAAAAAAGUCUGUCCACAAGACUGCUCCUAUACACCUCUCCUUCCCUCACUCUUUCUCCUUAUCUCCUCACAGACUAUACUGCAACAACCGCAAGAGGGUGACACAUUUUACACAACCAUGCGUGUGUGUUUUUGUGCUUUUUCUCUCUCUCUCUCUCUCAUUCUGUGCAUAGAUCCUGUAAACGGUGUUCGGCAAAGCCUGGUGAAGUCUCCGUAUCUCUUCCCCUCUCCAUAUUGUGGAUCGCUCUACUAAUGUAGACAGUAAGCCUGAGAGAACUUCACUGUGAAAACAGUUAGCAGGGGAAUAAACACUUGAACCUGGCAUCACAUUAGGGACGGUUAAGUUGGCUCCCCGAAAAAAAUACAACGUUGUUCUGAAAAGCAAUCUGAAGGCGAUCGAGCAGAACCUGGACAAAAAAAAAAGAAAAAAAAAAAGGGGGGAUGAGCUGCGAGAAGGAAAUUCCCUGUGUGUCCCUAAAAGCACUGUGCUAGUAGGUAAACUGAUUUGGCAACCCCAGAAGGGAGGGGUUGAAUGAAAAAAAAAAAAGGAGCAA